AUGGCUUCCUUUUCAGCGUUCCAGGCAAGAUCCCAGCAGGACAACGUCGUCGAGGAAAGCUCUGUAUGGUUCAACGAACUCAUGCGAAAAGCCUUGCCAAACUCUUUCGCCCCCGAUACGAAACUCUCCUCAAAACAGAAGAAGGACCUGCGUCUCUUCUUGGACCUCUUCCGUGAUGUCGUCGUCCCAGCCGAGAUUGCCUUGCACAAGAAGGCCUGGGAUACGACUCCGAGCCAUCCUCUCUUCGAUCUUGCCCAACCUGGCCUCGUUUUCCAGCCGUCAGCGCACGGUCAACCUCCCCCGGGACCGGUCCACAAGCGCAGGGCCGACGACGAGAUUAUUGGACAAUCAAAUGCGAAUGGCCCCGCGAUCAAACGUCGGAAGACGUCCAGCAAUGCUAGCGCGCAAGCUGGCAGCGCAUCCGGCUCUUCUAUGGCUUAUACAGGUGAUGGUCAUAUACCCCAGAGUCAGACCCCCGGUAGUGCGUCCUCGUCUCGAGGAUCGACCGCAGAAAGCGAACCUUUGUCCCGUCAAGUUCGGACACGAGAGUACGCGGCGAUAUUCCCACGGCUACCGAGUGUCCAAAGUCUUUCUGCCGACACCCGGGAAUUGAUCCCUUCUGUCUUACCCGCUCGCCGCGUCCCAUCCUUAGGACUUCCCGUGCACUCUCACGUCGACUAUCGUUCCAGCUCUGAGUCUGCGUCACUGGAAUCACCGUCCACAUUCGACAACGCGAUGGCGCCUCAGAUAAUUCCUUUCGGCAACGGACUAUAUAACCCCUUUGUGUCCAACCCCACAGCCUUCUUCGCGCCUUCGAAUGCUCCUGGGGCCGACCAGCGCGGUGUUUUGCUGGCGACUGCACAAGCGACAGCCGAUACGACUUUUGGUGGCUCUUUCGCGAACGGUCAGGUUGGUCACUGGGGCUCGGGUGGUCUACUAUCUGCUUACUAUCAUGCGGUGUCAGACACUAGAGCGGAUAUGGGAACGGGAUCUUGCAAUGGUUUUGACGAGGCUGAGUUCUCUGCUGAAAAGCAGCGUAAUGACCCAGUGACGAUUCUACUAGCGGGACAGAUGUCUAUCGACAGUUCACUCUCAGGUGCUUUAUCGGCUCCUUCAAGGCGCGCUUGA